CAUUAGACUUGGCAUCAUCCCGGGUUCUGAAUGGUUGAAAGGACUUAAUAGUUGGUGCCACUGCUGUCAUGUCCUUUGUUGAUAACCCUUCCUUUUACCCUUUGUAGUGGCGUGGUGAUUUGUCUCUUCUUAGGCUUCUCUAUUCUUUUCCUUCCUUUUCUCCGUCUUUUUUCUUCUUCUUUGCCUUUCUAUCUCAGUUCCUUUUCCUUUCUGGAAAUUUACCCACUUCCGCGCUCCUGGUUACUCGAUUACUUCAGGGUGACGCUGCCUGUGUUGCCGAAUCGAUCGCCCCAACUUUUUUUGUCCUUCUGCCCUUCCACUAUUGAAAUCGGCCCAACCCUCUCACCGCGUGAUGCAUGGUCUCACCUCCCUUACUUGUAUCUGGGUGUAGGACUUGGUCUUCUCUAAUCCGACUGUCUCCGUCACCCGCUUGAGUCCGCCCCCGUGGGGACUGCCUCUGCAAUCACCAUGUCGAACAUGUCGAACAUCUCGAAGGACCUGGGUUCCGCCCUGGAGGAGGCAGGCCAUACCGGUCAGAAAAGCGCGGGAGUCUCGAUCAACACCUUCCUCGCGUCGUUAGCGACGGCGAUCGUUGUCUUUGCCGUCGAAUUCAUCCUAUUUAUGCUGCUGAAAGGAAAACUGACCCGCAUCUAUCAACCCAGGACAUAUUUGGUCCCCGACAGAGAACGUACCGAGCCGUCCCCAUCGGGGCUCUUUCGAUGGGUCGUUCCCGUCUUCCGUACCUCCAGCUCCGAGUUUAUCCAGAAAUGCGGUCUCGACGCCUACUUCUUUCUGCGAUACCUACGCAUGCUUCUCAAAAUCUUCCUACCUCUGGCUUUGCUGAUCCUACCCAUCCUUCUUCCCCUCAACAAGGUCGACGGCAAGGACCAGACGUUCAAAAAUGGCACGGAUAGCGGUCCACGCUGGAAUGUCACGGGUAUGGAUCGACUCUCCUGGGGCAAUGUCGCCCCGGAGCACUCCCAUCGCUAUUGGGGCCAUCUGGUCAUCGCCGUCAUUGUCGUCGUCUAUGUCUGUGCCGUGUUCUUCGACGAGCUGCGGGGCUAUAUCCGUCUACGCCAGGCUUACCUGACAUCUCCUCAACACCGACUCCGUGCAUCGGCGACCACGGUUCUAGUAACCGCCAUCCCGGAACGCUGGCUGUCGGUGGACGCCCUCGAUUCACUCUACGAUGUCUUCCCCGGUGGGAUCCGCAACAUUUGGAUCAACCGGAAUUUCGAUGAUUUGAAUGAAAAGGUGAAGGAACGGGAUGCCCUGGCUUUGAGACUCGAAGCCGCUGAGACCGAACUGGUAAUCAAAUGCAAAAGAGCCCAGUUGAAACAGGCCAAGGCGGCGGCGAAAAAGGAGGGGAAAAGUGCGGCUGAGGUCCAGAAAAAGGAAAAAGAGGCCGCGGAUCGAAAAGCAUCCCGUCUCGCCAUGGAGGCUGGUAUCAGCUCCGGUGAUCCACACCAAGCCCACACCCUCAACGAGGUCUUGCACCGUGACCAAUCGUCGUCGCACGCCUCCGACGCCGGGGGCUGGAAGCGGCUGAACCCCCUCGAUCCCGCCAUGGCGGCCGCGGGUGCAGUUGGUCACGGGACUGAUGGGACCUUGGGCGGCUCAGAAGGCGCCCAGGGGCGGGCUCAUAGCUCCCCCCACCCUCAAGAAGGGUCGAAUAAUAAGGAUCGGCGCAAGUCGCGCUCAUGGCCGGAUACAAUGGCGGAUGACAUGGAUCCGUUUCAAAACAACGAACGGGAUGACCGACCCAGCACUUCGGCGACGCCGCCAAACACAAAAUCCAGGCCGCCCUUGUGGAAGACCCGGCCCUCAAAUCAUUCGAGAGUGAGCAACAAGACGGAGCCCGAUGAACUUCCCCUGACCGCCCCCGAGACACCGACGACACCGACGAACGUGGAGGAAGUAUCCGGGUAUGAACAGGACGAGACCUCGAUGGAAUCAGUGGCCCGCGAAAAGAGUCGUGCGGACGCCCAGAGCGAUCGGAAAGAACGGAAAGUGUCUGAAGAUGAGUACCCAGCUGCGUACAACGCGGACUUUGACAAGGAAGACUUUGGGGAGCCGGCGUGGAAGAAGUAUCUGAAAGACAAGGACCGCGAGACCAUGCGCCUGCCCGUAUUCGGAAUCAGCUGGAUGCCCUCCCUCUGGCUCAUGGGAAAGAAAGUGGACACCAUCGACCACUGCCGAAAGGAGCUCGCUCGUCUGAAUUUGGAAAUCGAGAUCGACCAACAGAACCCCGAAAAGUUUCCCCUGAUGAACUCAGCCUUUAUCCAGUUCAACCACCAGGUAGCGGCACAUAUGGCGUGCCAGGCCGUCAGCCACCACACGCCUAAACAGAUGGCGCCCCGGAUCGUGGAGAUCUCGCCGGACGACGUCAUCUGGGACAACAUGUCACUCAGGUGGUGGGAGCGUUAUCUGCGAACCUUCGGCAUCCUCACACUCGUUUGCGGGAUGGUCGUCGGGUGGGCGUUCCCCGUGGCGUUUACGGGAUUGCUUUCGCAAUUGGCCUACCUGGAGGAUGCUUUCACCUGGCUCGCUUGGCUUGCCACCUUACCCAACUGGCUGGUCUCUGCCAUUCAAGGUAUCCUGCCUGCCCUCUUUCUCGCAAUCCUGAUGGCGUUGCUACCUCUCAUGCUGCGUUUUCUGUGUCGCGCGCAAGGCCUUCACACCGGCAUGGGUGUGGAACUCACGGUCCAGAACUACUACUUCGCGUUUAUGUUUGUCCAGCUGUUCUUGGUGGUUGCGGUCUCAUCCAGUUUUUCCACAAUCAUCAACAACGUGACCAACGUCACUUCGUGGCCGGAGCUCUUGGCUCAGAACAUUCCCCUGUCCAGCAACUAUUUCUUCUCGUACAUGAUCCUGCAGGCCAUGUCGGUGAGCGCGGGUGCGCUGGUGCAGAUUGUCAACCUGGUGAGCUGGUUCAUCUUCGGGCCGAUGUUUGACUCCACCGCCAGGACGAAGUGGGCCCGAACCACCAACUUGAACCAGAUGCAGUGGGGGACCUUCUUCCCGGUCUACACGACACUCGCGUCGAUUGGCCUGAUCUACUGCGUCAUCUCGCCCUUGAUCAUGGUGUUCAACGUGCUCACCUUUGGCCUGUUUUGGUUUGUCUACCGGUACAACACCCUCUACGUGACCAAAUUCCGAUUCGACACGGGCGGGCUGUUGUUCCCUCGGGCGAUCAACCAGUUAUUUACUGGGAUCUACGUGAUGGAAGUCGCCCUGAUCGGCCUCUUCUUCCUCGUCCGCGACGUGGAUGGCACCGUUGCCUGCGAGGGUCAAGCGAUCUGUAUGAUCGUCGUUCUCGUCCUCACCAUCGGAUAUCAGAUCUUGCUGAAUGAGGCCUUUGGGCCGCUGAUCCGAUAUCUGCCCAUCACGCUGGAGGAUGAUGCUGUUCGUCGGGAUGAGGAGUUUGAGCGCGCUCAACGGACACGACUUGGGCUGGCCCGCGAUGAUGACGAAUCGGAUGUCGUCGAGCCUCGCCAGAGAGAGGUCAGCCCGGCGCGCUUGAUGCCUAGGCGCCAAUCAUGGGUCGAUCGGUCUCCAAACCAACGAUCGAAGUACUUUGGGAAUAGCUCAAGUACGUCGGUCCCGACUAUACAGCGUAUCCAAGAAGAUAUGGCGGAGGAUGCGGAGUCUCAAGACCCCUCUCCGCAUCGAGCAGGCCGCGCGCUGUUUGCCGGAAUUCAGGACGAGCUCGAAGAUCUGACGCCCGACGAGCGCGAUCAACUGGUCCAACGAGCCUUCCAGCACGACGCCCUCCGUGCCAAACGACCGGUGAUCUGGAUUCCCCGCGAUGAUCUGGGAGUCAGCGACGACGAGAUCUACCGCACGCAACGAUUCAGCAAGCAUAUCUGGAUCAGCAACGAAUACCAGGCGCUCGACGGCAAGUGCCGCACUAUAUUCAGCCGCAGUCCGCCAGAUUUCUCCGAGGUCGAUCUGAUCCAGCUUUAGCGGUGGGGCUUGAUAAUUGUAUAUGAUAAGACUAGACUGGGGUUCUCUUUUCUUUUCCUUUGGUGUAUGUAUAGAGGGAGUUGGCAUGGACAGUUGAGCGAGCGGGUUGAUUUUCUCUAUCCCAUCGACUUGCAUUGCAGAAACCCGAGCGGCAGGAUCCCUUGGUUGAUUGCAUAUACGGCGUUUUAGUAUUUAUCUACGGUGAUGGACGGAGGCCGGACUACACAUAGAACAAGCCCCAUGGCAGUAUUCUAUCGUUUUCCC